CAAGUAAAUGACGGCGGCCAAAACGCAGAUGAUGAGAGAAACAUAACUGGAAUCUGAACCAGACAGUUUCUUUCUGAUCUUCUCUGGAGGAUCUCUACAACAGUCUCACUCUCUUCUCUAUCUCUCUCUGUGUGUGGGUGAAUUUUAGAUGGCUGGAGUUGUGCGAUUAUCAGCGUCGUCGUUUCAGGCCCUUGGCGUCUCUUCUUCGUCCUUCACCUCCUUUGCAGCCACUCUCAGUUCUCCUUACUUAUCUCCGACUCCGAAUCUGAAUUCCGACAAGAGAUUGCGUCCGCUCUCAUCUUCUCCCUCGUGCUCGUCUUCUCAUUACCCAUCUUCUGGUCUCGGAAGCCAUAUCCCCCUGAGAGGACACAAGAGCAAGUUGGUUCGUGUCAAGGUAGAUGAGAGUGUGGCCGAGACAGAGCCACCGAAAUGGUGGGAGAGGAAUGCUGGAGCAAACAUGGUGGACAUUCAUUCUACCGAGGAGUUCUUGAAGGCUUUAAGCGAAGCUGGUGAAAGACUAGUCAUUGUAGAGUUUUAUGGAACUUGGUGUGCUUCUUGCAGAGCAUUGUUCCCAAAGCUUUGCAAAACGGCGGUGGAAAAUCCCAAUAUAUUGUUCCUCAAAAUCAACUUUGAUGAGAAUAAACCAAUGUGCAAGAGUUUGAACGUGAAAGUGCUUCCUUACUUCCACUUUUACCGUGGAGCUGAUGGCCAGCUCGAGUCCUUCUCAUGUUCUCUUGCUAAGUUUCAGAAGAUAAAAGAUGGCAUCAGACUGCACAACACCGAUCGCUGCAGCAUUGGUCCAGCCAAGGGACCUGAAGGGUUUACAUUGGAAUCUUUAUCCGUGCAGACGAAUUCAGCCAAACCAGCUGGAUCAAGUUGAAGUGCCACACUUGUAGAUUUGUUACUGCAAUCAUCUUUGGUUGCUCAAAGCAAACACUAAGCUUAACUUUCUGUAUAUCUGUCGUUUUCUUUUCUUUUUUGGUAUAAAAGAAUUAACUCCUGAAACAUGUUAUUAUUAUUCUUAUAGGCAAAUUGUCUCAAUUGCAAAUGUGUCUUUUUACAA